UUAGUGUGUUUUCAAAAGUAUUCUUGAAGUUUCUUUCGCAAACAAAUAGAAUUAUUUUCUUCAAAAUUCAAUUUCCUUCAAAAUGACCGAUAAAAAGAAUACAUUAAGAUUCUAUUGGAUUGGCCGAUUUCGUUAUAAAUUUUCUCAUCAUCUAAUCAACUUUUAUGAACGUAAUGUUCCGAAAAGUCAAAUGACAGCGUUAUCGAAAAAAGCAAAUGACAAAUAUAAUGAGAUAAAAGUCGAUUGGAACAUGCGAUAUUCAUUUGGUCUAGAUGAAUAUUUUGCUUUAGCCUUAUGUAUAACACUCGGAUUACGUGGUUUGUACGCCUUAACAGAUCGUUCGUAUUGGCAUGAUACAAAAAAGCAAAUGUAUUUUGGCAGUUUCUUUGGCGUAUACAAUGCUCAUCCAUUUCAUAUAGAAACUUUAUGUCUUGUUUGGGCUUUAAAUUGUCUCAACGUUCAAUUAUUCUCAUUAUUCUGUCGAUUGAAACAUUUUAAAUGGCUUAACAUUAUUAUGAUGCUUGACGAACAAAUUCCAUUGAAAAACAUGGGUCUUAAAUCCAAAGAAUUAAAGGAGAUAAAAUUCAAAGCAUCACUUAUGUCUUAUUUCAUCCGUAACACUAUCAUUUGGUUAUCAACUAUUUGCUAUCUCAUUUUGACAUAUAAAUUUUUUAAUGCUUAUUCGUUAAUUGAUUUCCUAAUUUUUGGCAUUCCAUGGAGCAUUUUUUAUGCAAUCACAACAGCAUUGAUAACAUCAUCAAUUUACUAUACAAAUUUCUAUGUAUUUCUCAUUUCCGAUAUAAUGCGUGUAAAAUUCAUACGCUUUGAAAAAAUGAUAGAUUUAUUAUCGGAUUUUUCAAAAAAUGAUUUAUUACUUCGUAAUCCAAAGUUCCUUAAAGUAAUGCUCGAUCGAAAGAUGUAUCAAUCAUAUCAUUAUUUAAAUGGUUUAAUGGUGGAAUAUGAUAUUUAUAAUAAUACAUGGAAAUGGUUGGCUACAUUUGCCUUAUUAUGGCGUUUCAUUAUAAUCAAUUUCGUUUCAUUUCUUGCCAUUUUUUAUGAUAUGCCACCUACAUUUCAACUGAUGUAUCGAUCAAUAUUUAUGAGUGAAAAUUUUGCUUUUUUACUAUUCUUACUCAAAGUUGUUCUCAUUCACAUAAAUAUGAUUGAUUCUAGUAAACGUUUACGGCAAUUUCUAUAUCAAAUGAAAAGUAAUCCGCUUACGUUAUCGAUGCAAAUGAAGACAUUGGAAUAUAUAACAUUUCUGCAAGAACCUAGACAAUUUGGUCAAACGAUUGUUAGCGGACAUCUUAUACAAUUGAAACAUGUGUUUCUUAUAAUCAAAGAAUUUUCAAGCUACUUCCUUCUUUUGGCAAGCAUUUCAUUUCGACUUAUUAAAUGAAAAACAUUCCUGUUAUUUUUUUUAUUAAUUCAUCAAUAAACUCAUUAUUUUCAAGAUUGUUUG